CAGAAACGUACUAGCAGUUUUAAUAAUCAAGGCUUAAAAAUGAAAAUUGAAGAAGGCAAGCUACUUGAAUAAUCGCAAAAUUCUGGCAAAAAAAAAAAAAAAGCAGUAAUCACAAAAUUGAAUAUUCCGUUUCCCCUGACAGCUGCGAAGUUUAUCCGUUUCUGCAAAUCCUCACAUACCUGAGCAGAAUCCGCUUUCAGUGACCGUUGCAAAACAAAACGAUGAUCCUCUUAAAUAGUACUCCCCACAACGCAAGUGGGUCCCACUGUUGCAUGGUUCAUCGGUCUGGGGCAAAACGUUUCCUUCCAACGGAGACAUGUGGCCCCCCCUCCAUGCUUUCUCCACACUCUUUAACGGCUAGUUUCUUUCUUCCUCCUCCAUAAAUACUCCGAACCCCUCCUCAGCUGUUGCAAUACAAAACAAAACAUCUCUAUCUCCAUCAUCUAACGCCCCCACGAACUUCCCUUCAGUUAUCAGAAUCCAUGGCUUCUUCCUCAUCAGCUUCUUCUUCUCUUGUCCUUUUAUUCCUUCUCUUCGGCCUAUCUGCAGCUAGGGAAAUCUUGGUGGGAGGCAAGACUGAUGCAUGGAAGAUCCCCUCUUCUCAAUCUGAUUCUCUCAAUCAAUGGGCUGAAAGGUCCCGCUUCCAAGUCGGCGACCAUCUUGUGUGGAAGUACGAAGGUGGGAGAGACUCAGUUUUGCAAGUAAGCAAGGAAGAUUAUGCUAACUGCAAUACCGCCAACCCCCUCGGAGAGUACAGUGAUGGCAACACCAAGGUGAGGCUUGAUCGUCCUGGGCCAUUCUAUUUCAUUAGCGGAGCAAAUGGGCACUGCGAGAAGGGCCAAAAGCUCGUUGUGGUUGUUCUCACUCCCAGAAACCGCCACAUGGGUAUUUCUCCGGCACCUUCUCCGGUCGAGUUCGAAGGUCCUGCUGUAGCUCCCACCAGCAGCGCCACUGCUCUUCGGGGUGGCCUGAUGGCGGCUCUUGUGGGAGUAUCGGCUUUGUGGUUUUUCUGAUGCUAAUGGCUCCAUUUUCUUAGGUGUUAGAACAGAGAUUUCUUUGUUGAGAGCUUUAUUCUUUUUGAGGGGAUUACAUGAUUCUUUUCCAAUUAUUAUUAUCAUAUGUAAAAAUUUAGGUAUCUGAUUUCACACUCCAGUGGUUAAUGAUACCCAUAUAUUACAUUACCAUCGUGUGUUUUUGUCUUUCCAAUGUCAUAUUGUGAAAGCUUUUCUGAUU